UGGCAGUCUUUUGAUCAUAUGUUUGCUGAGACUGAAUCUGAUGCUGCAGACUAUGGGCUUCUUGAUUUCAGCCAGCAUUAUAGGUAUGAUGAGGAUGCACUUGAACAGCCUAUAUUUUUCAGUCCAAAUAGUGAUGAUUUCAAUUCUGAUCUGACCAAGAAUGUUGUCCCAUUUGUUGCUGACGAAUACCCUAUGGCUUCAGAAUCUGAAGGCGAUGUGGAACAUGCACUCUUUACUGAUUUGAGUAAUGACCCUGAUGUUGACUUCCCAGAAGUCCUUGCAUAUACUGAUUGUUACUUCACCUAAAGAGAAUGUGUCCAAUACACUUGUGACAGAAAUGGGUAUAGGUGAACUUGGCAAUGAAGAGUCUGACUCUGACAACUAUACAUCUGGUACCUACUCUGAAACCCUAGGCUAUGAUUUUGCCUUGUUUUUAGAUCUUGAAAAGGAAGGUAAUGAUUCUUUGCCUCCUGGAGAUGUAGUUAAUGGUGACCUUCCUGGCAUGCAUGCUUCUUUUGACCGCUCUGUGCUUACUGAUAUAAAUCAGGAGUUGUAUGAAGCUCUUUCUCCAGCUUUCAAGAUUACCAGUGCACGCAACUUUCCUAAUCUCUCUGGAGGUCACAUGUUGCCAAGUAGCAUCUAUGAUGCCUCUAUAGGACCCUACGGUGUCUUCAAUCUACCUAUUAAGAACUCAGGAAUCCUUUCACACCAUAGUACAGUGGCACCGGCAGAUAAAUCAACAAGUGAAGGAGGGCUGACCACCCUGGUUUCGGCAACUACAUGCGGUGUCACAGACAUGACCAUCAAAUUGUCUGGUGGAAGGUUGACAGACCUCAAAGUGCGAGUCGCCAUUAUACUUGUUGAAGUAAGCAAGAUUGCUCGGAGAUGCAGGUACAAGUUGUUGGAGAAAAAAGGAGUUGUCAUCUUUACAACUGCCUUCAAAGGUUGCAAUGUGAAAGCACGGGGUGGGCAAUAUGUGUUGACCCUGAUGUGGAGAAACAACUAUGUGCAUAUGUCCUGUCCAGUUCCCACACCUGAUAGACCUAUUACAAUCUGUGGUAAGAGUAGCAUGACCAUCACACUCCCAGCAGGACCAGUAGAAGCACUUCGUGUAAAAAAUAAAUUCAACAAAUGGGUAUCCAUUUACGAAGUUGCUGUUAAAUGCAAAUAUCAACUGUUGCGUGAUUCAGAGGGAAGGAUCACUUUCACUACUUCCUACAAUGGAUGUCACGUGAGGAGAUCGAUGGAUCGUUAUUUCUAUAACAUCUACUAUCAAAUGGCUCCAGGGAAGCUAGGACAGGCACUCAUGUCUUGUAGGACAGGAAUUAAUGUUACAGUCCCAACUGAAGAGUCCUUGCCAUCAGUGUUUUGUGCCAAGUCUGGCAUGAUGAUCAAAUUGCCUAAGGGAAGUCUUAACGCAGUCAAAGUGAGAGAUGGGUCUGGCAAGACAAUACCUGUGGAUAGUGUUGCCAAGAACUGCAAUUAUCAACUCUUUCAAAUGAAGACUGGACACAUCAUCUUGAUUGCUUCCUUCCAAAGCUGUCAAAUUGCAUUUGUGAAUGGAAACUAUGUCCUGGCCAUUAUCUAUACAACUUAUUCUGGAGACUUUGCAUCAGUGCAGAUAGAAUGCCCUACCAGUGGAGAACCAACAAAACCCCCUCCCUCUACAAAACCCAUUCCUCCAACUCCUGUCUGUGGAGCUUCCAGCAUGAUGGUGGAGCUGCCUGAGGGACCUCUGCAGCAAGUGAAGAUAAGGAGUGAGGAUUUAUUUUAUGAUGGAAAUUACAUCUUGACCUUGCUCUACACAACCACUGCUGGUAAACGAGGGUAUGUGCACAUGAGAUGUCCAACAAUAGCCCUUACAACCACUAAUACGAAGCUAACAAAGACUACCAGAACCAGUGCUGGGGAAUCAAACAGGAGAGCUAGAAGAAAUGCUGGGGAUGAAACCCAAGACCAUGCGUUGUCUCUGCGGGGAUGCAACCAGGACGACGCGCAGGGGCUCUGGGGAUGCAACCAAGACGACGCGCAGGGGCUCUGGGGAUGCAACCAGGACGACGAGAAGAGGCUCUGGGGAUGCAACCAAGACGACACGCGCUCCUGGGGAUGCAACCAGGACAACAUGAAGGGGCUCUGGGGAUGCAACCAGGACGACACGAAGGGGCUCUGGGGAUGCAACCAGGACGACACGAAGGGGCUCUGGGGAUACAACCAGGACGACGCACAGAGGCUCUGGGGAUGCAACCAGGACGACGAGAAGAGGCUCUGGGGAUGCAACCAAGACGACACGCGCUCCUGGGGAUGCAACCAGGACAACACGAAGGGGCUCUGGGGAUGCAACCAGGACGACACUAAGGGGCUCUGGGGAUACAACCAGGACGACGCGCAGGGGCUCUGGGGAUGCAACCAGGACGACGAGAAGAGGUUCUGGGGAUGCAACCAGGACGACACGCAGGAGCUCUGGGGAUGCAACCAGGACGACGAGAAGAGGCUCUGGGGAUGCAACCAGGACGACGCGCAGGGGCUCUGGGGAUGCAACCAGGACGACGAGAAGAGGCUCUGGGGAUGCAACCAGAACGACGAGAAGAGGCUCUGGGGAUGCAACCAGGACGACACACACUCCUGGGAAUGCAACCAGGACAACACGAAGGGGCUCUGGGGAUGCAACCAGGACAACACGAAGGGGCUCUGGGGAUGCAACCAGGACGACGAGAAGAGGUUCUGGGGAUGCAACCAGGACAACACGAAGGGGCUCUGGGGAUGCAACCAGGACAACACGAAGGGGCUCUGGGGAUGCAACCAGGAUGACGAGAAGAGGCUCUGGGGAUGCAACCUGGACAACACGAAGAGGCUCUGGGGAUGCAACCAGAACAACACGAAGGGGCUCUGGGGAUGCAACCAGGACGACGCGCAGGGGUUCUGA